UCUCGUGCUGCACAGCACUGCUGACUCCUCCCGUGCAGUGCAACAGACUCCUCCCGUGCUCCCCGUCCCAGAGCUCCCAAUCCAGACCAGUCCAGCCGAGAGGCGCGCGCACACCAUGCUCGCCUCUGUAAAUCCGCAGUGCUUAACGGACGGGUAGCAUCCUCAGCUCGCGCGCGAGGAGGCGGAGUGCAUGGCGACAAAACACCUAAAAUGAGGCGCAGCGCGAGCGGAAUUAGAGGAUGACAGCAGCCAAGACGUCGCCCGCGCGAGGCACGGCAUCAGGAGGAGGAUCCGGAGGAGGAGGAGCGGGAGGAGGAUCCGGAGGAGGCGGAGGAGGAGGAGAAGCGUCCCGGGACGGAGGCAGCGCGAGGAGGGGCGCGCGCUCGCCGGCCGGCGCGCAGUGCAUGCAGCCCCAGCCCGGCUGCUCGGACUUCUCCCCGGGCAUCCUCGACUCGGUCGCCACCGUGGGGACGGGGACGUUUGGACGAGUGGUUCUGGUCCAGGACCGGAGAUCUAAGGGCUUUUUUGCGCUGAAGUCGAUGAGGAUUGUGGAUCUGAUCCGGCUGAAGCAGCAGCAGCACGUCCACAACGAGAAGGAGGUUCUGAUGGAGGUCAAUCAUCCCUUCAUCGUCAAGCUGUACUGGACGUGGCACGAUGAGCGCUGUCUCUUCAUGCUGCUGGAGUUUGUGCCGGGCGGAGAGCUUUUCACGUACCUGAGGAGUCGUGGGAAGUUCGGAAACGACACGUCCAUGUUCUUCUCCGCUGAGAUCAUCUGCGCUCUGGAGUACCUUCACUCCAAAGACAUCGUCUACAGGGACCUGAAGCCGGAGAACAUCCUGCUGGACCGGGAGGGACAUGUCAAGCUCACCGACUUCGGCUUUGCUAAGAAGGUCAUCGACAGGACAUGCACAUUGUGUGGAACUCCAGAGUACCUGGCUCCUGAGAUCAUCCAGGGCAAAGGGCACGGGCUGGCGGUGGACUGGUGGGCUUUAGGAGUGCUCAUCUUCGAGAUGCUGUCUGGGUAUCCACCGUUUUUCGAUGAUAACCCCUUUGGUAUCUACCAGAAGGUUCUCGCUGCCAAGCUGAACUUUCCUCGCCAUCUGGAUUUCUACGUAAAAGACCUCAUCAAGAAGCUGCUCGUCGUCGACAAAACAAAGCGACUCGGAAACCUGAGGGGUGGAGCCGAUGAUGUGAAGAAGCACAGAUGGUUCAGAUCUGUAGAUUGGGACGUUGUGCCUCAAAGAAGACUCAAGCCGUCCAUUGUUCCCAAAGUUUCGCACGAAGGAGAUUCCUCGAACUUUGACACGUAUCCAGACGAGAAGCGGAAAAAGGAGCCGGCUGUGUCUCCGAAGGACGUGGAAAUUUUUAAGAACUUUUGAAUAUGAAUAUCUAUCAGCGUUUCUUCAAUAUUUAUUUAGCAUCUUUUCACUCGCCCUGGUCUUGUUCUAUGUUGUCGUCUGUUAGUCUUGUAUCGUAGCAUAAUCUAUGCACUGGUCAACUCUUUGUGUUAUGCAAGUGCACAUGACCUUUACUGUAAGCCGCCGCCCCCUCCAUCUGACCACGCCUCUCUCCGUCCUCUGGGAAUGAUUAUGCAACUUCUACUUCUACGAGCUAUGCAGUUUUUUGGUUUGACUUGACGGUAAGUUUCAACAUUCGUCCGAUCGUGACUGUACCUCUGAACCUGUACGCGUAUGUGUAUGAUGAUGAUGAUGAUGAUGAUGAUGCAAAUGAGUUCUUCGUCCUUUGUUUGUUCUGACGUCUCUAUGACAUGCUUGGUUAUGUAAUAAAGGCAGUAUAUGCCAUUUUACAAAAGA